AAUACCAGGGAUCAAGGUUCAGCUCUACUUAGCUCUAACAGUGCCAACAGUGAUAGCAACAUCAUGGCAAGUUUCAGGCUUAUAGGUUUGGCCUCCAAGUUUCGUCCUGAUACAGCAGCUCAUUGUAAGUUUGGUAUUUGAAGCUAACUAAAAUUAAUCGUAAUUUUUUAUGCAUUAAUGUUGAUCUAUUUUCACAGUUACAGUACCAACAGGUAAUGUAGCCGUGUAUUGUUUACUUGGGUUUCUUAAAAAAAGUAAUUCGGUCCAAAUAAUUAAACACUGACAACGGUUAGCCUAUUUAUAAUAAAUGUCAGGUGUAAAAGAAAACUAAUUCAGUGAUUAAAAAUAAAUUCCAAUUCAUUUUACUUAUUCAGAAUCUUGAAAGACAUAAUUAUAUCUAAUCAAACGGAUAACUUCAUCAUUGAGGCUUUUUAGAUUUAGAUGGAGUUGAAUGAACCACCCAUUGAUUGAAAGAAUGAUAGAUAGAUAGAGUGAACCUUGGACUUGGUCUUCAAUGAACUAUCAUGAACCACAGACAAGAAUCCUGGGCUUCCUAUCUGCUUAACUACCAAUUUUAAUUCAAAGAGCAUUUAAUUAAUACAAUUAUUGAUAACAAAACUUGUUUUAUCUUAAAAGUAAAUAAAAUUUUUAAAAGGCGUUUGAAACUGUAGGUAGUAAAUCCAGUAGUCCUAAAAAAAAGGAUAAAUAAAAAAAUACUAAAUAGUACAGUGAUAGUGAUAGUAGUCAUACUACUACUACUUACUAUUAGGCUGAUAGGUAUAUAAUUACUAAUUAGGGUUAUAUAUUUAUAGCCUUUUUAUAUAGGCCUACAUUAAAAUAUUUGAAAGUUAGUUGUUGUUAGGGUAAAUGUUAAGGACGACAGCCACUAUUUUAUCGAAUUUCACGAAUGUAUCCCUAAAUCGAUCCCUAUGCCUAACCUGAACCCUAAAUAGAUCCCUAUGCCUAACCUGAACCCUAAAUCGAUCCCUCAACCUGACCUAACCUAAAUCCUAAUUCACUGCAACUAUAAUAAACACCCAAAAGAGGCUGUGGCAGCCGUCCUUAACAUUAGCCGUUGUUAGUAAUUUAUUAUUUGCAAUUAAACAUUAGAUUGAUUAAUUAAUUAAGCUAUUGAAAAUAUUUUUUAGACAUUAUCAUAUUUUUGGCCUAGUCAUUGUCUUAGUUACAAUUUGGAUGAAUUGAAUUAUUUCUUAGUUAAGUAUUAAACUUCAAAGUGUAAAUUAACCAUGGGGUCCAUUGUAGUAAAAAAUAUGGAGCUGAAACAUGCUAAACUCCUGAAGAUGAAACCCUAAUGCAGACUUCCAAAAUAUUGUAAAAAAAUAAUGAGCUAAUUCAAAUAAAGUUAAUUUUUAUUAUUAUUUGCAAUCUUUUUUUUUUUCUUUCAUACAUGCAAUUUGUAAUAGUUCUAGUUAUAGUGUCUGUGAUCUUGUAACUGUUGAGUACAUUUCAACUAUCAGUUUGUAACUUUUACAGCUAUGACUUUGAAGCCAAGCAUAACUUUUAGUUAUAUUCAUUUCUAUUUGGCAAAAUCAGGACAAAUAAUUAGCACAAUGCAAGUACUAGCUUAUAAUACAAAAAAAUUACACCUGGUUCAUGUGCCAAUUGGGUUUCAGGUUUCAGUUAUUUUGGUUUUGAUUUUUCAUUUUCCCAAGUCACAAGCAUAGAAGCAUAGAGUGGCUGGUGUGAAUUCUGCUGCUUAAAAUAUUUUUGAAGGCCUCUAUGGUCUGAAUGCUAAACCUCUUCAAAGCUAUGAGAUGCAGUCACGCCUUGACCUUUUUCCCAAACAAUCACAAUUCCUUUUUUUAAAUUUUAAUAAUUAUUAACCUUUUCGUUGUUAUCAGAUAUGGAAUUGUUCUUGAUUUUUAUUAAAAUUUCACCCAAGGGGCUAAACAAUGCAAUUCUAAUUAAAAGAUGCCAACAUACUUUAGCAAAACUGAUUUUUUUUACUUAAAAUCAAAUACAUAGGCUAAUUUAAUGAUUUUUUCAUUUACAAAAUAUGGCUUAUUUUUAUGAGCUUAUUUUUAAAGUUUGUUGAAUGACUACCAUUUAAAAUAAUUAACCAAUUUUUGUUUGUUGGAUUUGAAUUAUAGGUCAUAAAUUUAACAGAUUUUUUGGUUUGUCAAGUGCUAUGAACGGUAAGCCCAGGUGUUCUUACUUUUUGUAUUUGGUUUAAUUUAUCUAUAAACCUUUUUUCUGAUUUGUUCAUGUUUGCUGUUAUAGAAUAGCUUUUUUCCUGGGCAAAACCAAAGAAAGGUUCACAUUAUCUCUUAUUGACAUUAGGUGGAAAUCAUUACAUGGGUUACUUCCUUUAGUGAACAUUUAUGAAUUUUCUCAUGUUUUGAUCUCCUUACUUAAUCCUUUCAAAAUUAAUUAAUCACAAUCAUUGACAUUGUCACAUUUGAAAGUAAGAUAAACAUCUGGUAUCCAUGUCCAUCUAAUUAGUUAAAAUUUUAAAAUUUAUCUCAUGAGCUAAUUUAACACAUUUUAAAAAAGCAGUAAAUUAUAUGUUUUCCAAUUUGAAUUAAAGUAAUGAUUUUUUUUAAAGUUAAUUUUGUCUUUGCUUUUUAUAAGUAAUGUAAUUCAUUUUUUAAACCUUUUUUUAGAUAAAAUAAUACAUUGUAAAUUUUUCUCCAAGAAUCUGUCAAUUUUUAAAAUGUGUGGUAACUUUUCUCUCAGAACAUAAGACCAAUGUCUUUACUCACACGCAUAAUAUUGAAUAUUCCUCUCUGACAUAAUGUCCUGUGUCAAAAAUUCCAUAUUUGAUUGGCUUCUUUCAUCAGAUUCUUUUACAAGUUCAUAUGUUGUAAUCACACUGAAAUGAACACAAGUCCUUUUCCAUUGGCAAUUUAACUUAAGAACACAUAUUUAUCAGGCUGUACAUUUAUCAAACACAUGUUUAAUGCGGCGUGAUAUAAGAAGGAUAAACAAUGCACACUCAUCCACUACAAGGUUCUUUCAGUUCAUUAACUACUAACUCUCUCAAACACACAGCGCACAAAAAACACAAUAUUCGGAGCACAACAAUUACCAGUGACAUAUAUUUCAGUUUAAUCCAAUUUAAUCUUUUUAAAAAUAAUAUUCACCCAACUGAGACUUAAAACCUUACUAAAUACCUUUCUCAGUGCUUAAACAACAAUUAAACUAACUUCACAUGACAACAACGCCUUAAACAAAUGUUUUCAUUUCUGAAUUUUCUUUGUAACAUUCAUCGUUAAACUUUCUUCUUAUCCCAGGAAAGUAUUUAAGUGUUGAUGUUCAAAAAGAUGUUGCAGUUGUGCGCUUUGAUACUCCUGAUUCCAAGGUAUGUAUUUUUUUUUUAGCAGCUUCUCCUUUCAAGAAUACAUUUCCUACUUAUUUACUGGUUGUUUUAGUUUACUCAUUCUAAUAGCUAACUUACUACACAAUUUAAAAAGAUACUAGAUGUCACUAAAUAUUUGUUGAAUAUCUACUCAUAUCUUUAUCUUGUUUUUGUAAUUUUUCUCUACAAACAGUAACUUAGCUCAAGCGAAAUCAAGAUUUGAGGGAAAAAAAAUAGACCCACGAUAAUAUAAGAAAUUUUCACUGAAAACUACUUAUUAUCUCAAAUUUUUUGUUAUCUUUGUUUUGUAACAUUUUCUGUGUUAUUCAAGGUAAAUACUUUAUCUGCGGAGCUGCAGCAUGAAUUUGAAAAUGCACUUAAGACUGUGCAGACUGAUGACAAAGUCAAGGCUGCAGUGAUCAUAUCCUCCAAACCCAACUGCUUUAUUGCAGGAGCUGAUAUCAAGUAACUUUGAGUGAUUUCUUCUAGUUUUUCAUUACAGUUCGUUUAGAGCUUUAGACUUUGUACAUUUCAUGACUUCUGUGAUGCUGUGAAAGUAGAAAUGACUAGAUGCGCUGCAUAUGUUUAAUUUUCCCAUCACUAUUUGUGUUUAUUCCAGCAUGAUUCAAGGAUGCCAAACCAAGGAGCAAGUGAAAAAGUUGUCAGUAAAUGGACACAGAGCUUUUCAGGCGAUAGAAAACAGCAAAAAACCAUUUGUGGCUGCAGUUAUGGGAACUUGCCUCGGUGGAGGUUGUGAGGUAAAUAACCUGACUAGAGACAGUUUGUGGCCUUAGAGGCAUUGCUAGAGUUUUUUGCCUAUGCACAAGAUUCAUACACCCCCCCCCCCCCCCCAAAUCUGAAACCGAUUAUUGCCAUCCAUUAAAAUUAAAUACAAUCAAAGCCCAAUUUGGCAUAUAAUUUGACUAGAGCCAGUCUGUGGCAUUUAAACCCCCCAUUAACUUAAAUGCUGGUAUAUUUACAAAUAAUCAUAAAUCUUGAUGAUAAUAAAUCAUUUUUACAGUUGAUUCAAGCAUGUCACUAUCGGAUUGCUGUGGCUGACAAAAAGACAGGCUUAGGACUGCCAGAAGUGAUGUUGGGUCUGCUGCCUGGUGGCGGUGGAACACAACGACUGCCCAAAUUGGUAACUUGAAAUCUAUUGAUUUUCUUUCAAAUUUAAAGAUUCAUUUGGUGAAGAAAUAAAAAGUAAAAGUUUUGGUCCUUCUUUAAUGAUUUCAGUUUCAUGCUUGGUCAUCUCCCAUGUUUUUGGUCAUCUCAUGUUUUUGGUCAUCUCCCAUGUUUUUGGUCAUCUCAUGUUUUUGGUUAUCUUUCAUGUUUUUGGUUAUCUUUCAUGUUUUUGGUUAUCUCUCAUGUUUUAAAAAAGUUGUUAGAUAUCUGAAUUGCUAGACAUUAAAAAUUUUUUAUGCACUAUGUUUUUGAAGAUUUUAAUAAUUUUUUAUUUGCAAAGGGUUAUCGAAACUUUAGUAUUGUGUAUUUUCAAGAAAUAUAAAACAAUGUUUUAUAUUUCUUAUUGCUUCAAUAGAAAUGAAUAGAAGUAAACUAACAUUUCAAAAGCUAUUAGACCCCACUAUAUAUCCUCUUCGAACAUUAAAGAACUUUGUGAAACAUUCUAAAUUAAAUUUAAUAACCUCCACAAAAUGUGUGAAAAAUGACUAUUCUUCGUAAUUAUUUCAAUUUAAUGCAGCCCUCCCCGUAUUAUAUAUUACAAGGCAGUAUCGACCUAAUUUAAUUAAAUCCACCUGAAAAUAAGUACGAGAGUAUGUCUUUUUAGCUAACUUGGAUUCUUUUAAUAUUCUAACUCAUCAAUGUAGUUAAAUACGUAAUAUUACAUAGUCAUUCUAUGAAGAUUUUCCCUUGAAAUAUUCACUGCCAGGUUUCAGUUCCCAAUGCCUUAGACCUGAUGCUAACAGGAAAAACGAUUAAAGCUGACAAAGCUAAAAAACUAGGCCUUGUUGACCUGACAGUGCAGCCAUUAGGUGGGUAGCUGCAUUUGCAUGUUUUAUUGUUGUGUUUUAUGUGUUAAAUGUCUAAUUAUUUUUUUAAUGUUUCAAAAUGUCAAACAGAAUUUACUUGAAUCAACAAAUUGUGUCAAUAAAUUAUACAAAAUUUCCUAUUGAAGUUACUGGUACAAUAUUAGUGUUAAGCUUGGUGUAAUUUGCUUGUUAAAUUGUAAACAUAAUAAAUAAAAGACCUGAUUCUAUUAGUGAAAUUUAAUUUGAUAUUACCUAAUGAAGUUUAUUUAAAAAUUAUCUAGGUCCUGGUUUAGCUGACCCAGAUACAAACACAUUGAAAUUCUUGGAACAGAUAGCAGUACAAUCAGCUAGGUAAAUUCUGCCUAUUCAUGUAAUAUAAAAUUUAGUUAUUUAGAAUAAUUUUGCGACAUUUCAUUUUUUUUUAUUUUGGUCUGUAUAAACUCGUUAAUCCCUUUAAGCAUGUUCAAUUUUUUUUAUUUUUUUUUAAAUGAAUUCCCCAUUAUUCAUUAUCAUUGAAAUAAGAGCUUUAAUAUGAAAUUGUCGUUUUGACCAUUGAUAAUUUUAUCUUUCAUAAUCAACUUUUUUUCCUGUGUAUAUUUAUCAUUCGAUUGUUAUGUUAUUUCUAGAGACUUGGCAUCAGGCUCUCUGAAGAGAACACCCAAAAAGAAAGGAAUACAAGACAGUAAGAAAUGUGUUUAAUUUAAAUAUUUACCUUGCCCUUUAUUAAAAACAGAGUGUUGACAAGGAGCUUAUAAACAGACUGAAAAAUGGAAUAUGUAUUGGGGCAUAUUCUUGUGGAGAAUGAGUUAAAUUUGUUUUAAGGACAAACAAAAUUAUUUUCUAUUAAAAAAUAAAAAUCUAUUUUUGUUUACUUUUUCCACAGAAAUUAUGGACCUCCUGCUCAAGUAUGACUUUGGAAAAAAUUUUGUGUUUAAUAAAGCAAAAAAUCAAGUGAUGAAAAUGUCUCGAGGCCUCUAUCCGGCUCCCCUGAAAAUUAUUGAGGUUGGUCAACAUUCUCUUUGUGUUUGUUACAAUUAUUUCUCCCUUUCUAUUUUGAAUACAGUAUUAUAUUAUUUGGUUUUAUUGCCAUAAUUAGUUGCAGCAUCAGGGCUGAGGGAAAUCUAACUACUGUAUAUUAUAUCUGUUAUAUCUCACUCAUCUGAUGUUAAAAUAAAUUUAAGUUUCAAUGAAAACUCAAAUAGUCCAAUUUUUGCAGACAGUUAUUUUGAACUUAAUGGAAGUUCAAUCAAUUUUUAUGAAAUCAUUUUCGUAAAUAUCCAAAUGAUACAUAUUUUAAUUUUACAUUUGAUAUUUAUUUUUUUAUAUAUCUUUUUACAUUUACCUAAUGGUACCUAACUGUAAAUUAUUUAUUUUAAAUUUUUCAUUUUUGAACUCUCAUUUUCUUUCAAGUAUUCUUAACAGAUAUGAGAUUUAGUCAAUAAUUAAAUAAACAUAAGGAGAAAAUAUAUGUCAUUAUAUAAUGUCUCUUCAGGUUGUCAGAACUGGGCUUGACAAAGGUGCAAUAGCAGGGUACAACGCUGAAGCUGAAGUAAGUAUUUGUUUUCUUAAUACAAAGCUGGAUUGAAAUCAAAGUAAGCAUCCUUGUUGUCUUUCAGAAGUCCACCUAAAAUGCAUUCACUAUGAUGAAAUUCUAUUCCAAAAUAUAAUUGUAUAAUCAUCAGUUAGUGAGAGUUGUUUAUAUCCACAGUUUGACAAUUUUGUUUUAGAUAUUACACUUUUUGAGACCAUAAACAGAUCAGUUUGGUUAUGUAAAAAUGUUUUCAUUGAUAAACUGAUGCCAUGAAAAUAUACAUGAUGCAAUAUCAAUAAGUCAACCUGUUGUAUAUUUGUCUCCAGGGAUUUUCUGAUCUUGCCAUGACCCCUCAGUCCAAGGCUCUGAUUGGUUUGUUUCAUGGACAAACUGCCUGCAAAAAGAAUCCAUUUGGAAAGCCUAAAACAUCAGCAAAGUACUUACACUAAUGUUGAAUCUGUUUUAGUCAUGUCUAAUUGCACUUAUCAAGUAAAUGCCAAAUAUUUGUACUUGUUAUCUUGAUGAUACACAUAAUGGCAAACUUACAAGUUGCCUUCAUAUUGAGUGUUAGUUAAAAAUAUGUAAAUUACAAUUUCCUGCUCCAUAUAAUCAAGUCCAAAGGCUCCCAUAUGUGUAGGAUUCUAUCAAGCAAUAGCUUUUUUUGUCAUCCUAGGACUAUUGGUAUUUUGGGAGCUGGUCUGAUGGGUGCUGGCAUAGCCCAGGUGUCUAUUGACAAAGGCAUAAAGGUAACAAUUAAAUUGUCAUGAAAGGUGCAUGAUGCAUCAGGUAACAUUACAUUUACCCACAUACUCAGGGAUUUCAAUGUUUUAUUGGAUUUCUUGACUAUUUUAUUUGAUAAUUUAAAAUAUGUAUUGUAUUUUACACCUUGUUGCAAUCUGUACAUUUGUGAAACCUCACUAAUCAGAAUCUUCCAACCUGGCAUGCGCUAAGAUAUUUGGCUCAUAUUACCAUACUGAUUUAGGUGGAAGGGACUGGGUCAUAGCUUCCCUGCUAUGCCACACUCUUCUACUACAUUCACACAUUAUUACAAAUUGACCGGAAUAGUCAUACCUUUGGUUGAAAACCCUUAAUUUAACCUUAAUUUAUGAUACACUUUCAUCUAUAGAUAUAAAGUAAAAUUUAUGUGCAAAUGAUGUUGAGCACUCAUACUCAACUGAAGCCCCAAAAUGACGUCAGCAAAUUAAUAGACAGGGCUCAGGAUUCUACCCGAUUAAGUGGGGACAAAUGUAGACCAUUGCUCAAUUUUUAUAUUCUAGUUCAUAGCUUUAAAACAUCUACAAACAUUUGGUCUUAAUUUUGGGGGUUUUACUUUCAUGUGUAAAAAUUAUUAUAUGAUUACAGGUUUUGCUGAAAGACAUGUCUGUUAAUGGACUUGCAAGAGGUCAAGAUCAAAUACAAAAAGGUUUAGAUGGGGCAGUUAAAAGGAAGAAGAUUUCAUCGUAAGUUUUUUUUUUUAAUAUGCAAUAUAUUUACAAGUUUUUAUUUUUAUGGCAUAUAUCACUUUGCCCUACUUACUUAUGCCUUUUACCCUGUCUGGGGCAUAGGCCAACCACAAGAAUUUUCCAUUCGUCUCUGUCCUGUGUUUUCCUUUCCAGUUGCUUUCAGGUUUAUCCCAUACUUUUUGUGUCUGCCUCUAGUGUGCAUCUCCAUGUAUUCUUAUGCCUUUUUCUUUUUCCCUGUGGAUUCCAUGUUAGGGAUCGUCUGGUGAUUUUAACGAAGAGUGUGCCCUAUACACCUCCAUAUUUUCUUUGAAAGGAGGGUCCUCACGUUUGAGGCUUCCAGUAUAAUCUUUGUUUUCUAUGGUUGAGGUAGCUAGCCUCACACCAACCCUCAACCUUUUGCACCCGGGCUUGGGUCCGGUCAUGGUGGAGUUAUGUCACUUUGUGGCAGCUACAAAAUCUUGUUUCAAGAUGCUGUCAUUAUUCUUAACCUAUUAAGGUAAUACUAAUAAUUUGAAUUAUGUAGAACAGUGGUUCCCAUCCUGUGCUCUGAGAAGCCCUGAUGACUCUGCUUGCACUUCUCAGGUCUCUGCAGUGUCUAGGCGUAAGGGACUUUCCCCAUAGUCAUUGAUUCUGAAAAGGGGCUCCACAAGUCAAAAAGUUUGGAACACUGAUGUAGAACAUUGACAGAAACUAAUUUAAGUGCCACAAAUGAAAAGAAUCACUGAGUUAUGUUUUAAUGUUGACAGCAAUGCAUAAAUUAUUUAAAAGAAAGUUAUUGUACAUAAAUAAAUAUCCUUAUUUCAUCAGCGUUAUAUCAAGAUAAGUACAAAAGAUUUCUUCUAAGCCAGGCACACUGGUUGCAGGUUCAAUAGCUCUUUCCAGGAUCCAGUUUAAAUACUUUGGUAGGAGUUUUAGAAUAUUGGUAUCUGAAUGUUUAAUCCAAAUUCAGCUCUCGAAAAUGGUUUUUGUUUUCUUUAAAGAUUUGAGAGAGAAAUAAUCCUGUCCAACCUAGAUCCAACCCUGACCUACAAUAAUUUCAAAAACUGUGAUAUUGUUGUGGAGGCUGUCUUUGAAGAUAUCAACAUUAAGCACAAAGUAAUCCAAGAGUUAGAAAAGGUAAUUUUUGUUGUUGAAAUUGUUGCUUUUUUAAUACUUCAUAUCAGUCUGGUGCUGCUAAAUGUUUAUGAUAUCUUCUCUUUGUAUACCGGGGACAGUUCCAUAUGCCUUAAAUCAAUUGUGUAAUGGUAAACUAGCUUAUAUGUUUUGAUGAACAUGUAGUGGAGUGACAUGUAAUGGUAUGCUCCUUUAUUUGAGCAAACAGAAAAAUGUUGACAGCUUGACAUAAAUGUAAAUUGCUUUAAUUAUAGCACAAGAUAAAAAAAAUUAUACUUUCAGCACAUUUCACCAAACUGUAUAUUUGCAUCAAACACAUCAGCACUUCCAAUUUCUAAAAUUGCUGCUGGGAGCUCACGACCACAGAAUGUAAGACUUUAGAUUUACUUAUACUCUAUAGUCUAUAUUUAGUAGAAGCAGUAGCUCAAUUUUUUAAAAUAGUUUUUACGCAAGGGUAUUUAAUAUUGUAUAAUUUGUAAAUCUUCAUUUCCUAUCUUUGGAUGAAAAAUUAAAAUAGAAUAGAAUCAGUAAUAAUGAACAAGAUCUGGCAACAAAAAUGAUCUCUGAAAAAUAUUUCUUCUAGUUGCAACAGUAGUUUAAAGUUAUUCAUAUAGAACUUUAGUUUUUUUGUGCUAAAAUAAGGAUAUAACUGUUUGUCGUCCCCCCCCCCCCCACCUGAUUCAGGUUAUUGGCAUGCACUACAUUUAAAGUUAUUCAUAUAGAACUUUAGUUUUUUUGUGCUAAAAUAAGGAUAUAACUGUUUGUCGUCCCCCCCCCCCCACCUGAUUCAGGUUAUUGGCAUGCACUACUUCUCUCCUGUUGACAAAAUGCAGCUCCUUGAAAUCAUCACCACAGAUAAGACAUCAAAGGAAGUAUCAGGUAUGCAUGUAACUCUUUGUUUCCAACUAUUAUAAUACACAAUUCUAAAAAUGUCAUGCAGCUGAUAUAAUACCCUUGGUAGCAGGACAGUUUAUAAAGAUUCUAAUGUUUACAAAUGUUUUGACUUUCAUGUUGUUGUUGUUUUUUUUGUUUUCACUUCCAGCUGCUGCUGUUGACCUUGGUCUAAGACAAGGCAAAGUUGUCAUCACUGUCAAGGAUGGUCCAGGGUUUUACACAACAAGAAUCCUAGCACCGGUUUUAUUGGAAAAUAUCAGAGUGCUCCAGGUUCAGUCUUAUCUCUCUUGAAAAAUACUCUGAUAAUUCUAAUCUAAUUUAACUUAUCUCAAAACUUGGGGAUGGGAUUGUUAAAUAACAAUAAAUAAUCUUAACAAAUUCUUGAUGCUAGUGCAUUAGACUCAGUGUGUGGGCUUCUAUCAAUGUCUUAUAUGUUACAUCCUUUUCAUUUGAAACAAAUCUUCCUGUAAAAAAAAAAUGUCAUUUUUUUUUUUAACCUUCAUAUUGCAACCUAUUGGAGUAAGAGUGACAAAUUAUUGUAACAUUUUUUUUACAUACAAAUUUCAAUACUCAUAUUAUUAUUAUAUUAUUAUUAAGUUUUUGAUUCGUUUAAAAUAGUUAUUUUACAGACAUUGCAGUAAUCAGGUUUGUUACUUUCUGGAGAUAAUGCACUUCAUUUUGAUGUGCUAAUACUAAUACUAAUACCAGGUUUAAAAUUUCAGGAAGGCACAAGCCCCAAGAAACUAGACUCCCUAUCUAAAGACUUGGGAUUCCCUGUUGGAGUUGCUUCUCUCAUUGAUGAAGUUGGUCUAGAUGUGGCCGCCCAUGUGGCAGAAGAUCUCUCAAAGGCUUUUAGUAACAGGUUCAAAGGUGGCAAUCCCGAAGUCCUGAAGACUAUGGUUGCUCAAGGCUUUUUAGGUAAACUGUUAUAUUUAUUAGUGUGUAGCAAUUAUCAUUAACACAUACUUUAGAAGCUGAAAUAUUCUUCUUCUUACAGAUGGAAAUAGUGGAACAAGGUAUAAAGAACCUUGAAAUAUAAAGAUGACAACAUACAGAUAACGUUUCAGCUUAGAGCCUUCUUCAGCAGACAGGACAAAAGAAGAAACAACAAAAAAAUAGAAAAUAGUUAAAAAAACUUAAGUGUUUGCAGUUUGCCAUGAAUGCUAUGUUAUUGCCGGAAGUUGGGUUUUCCACUAAAUACGUUUUCUAUCAAAAGAUUUUAGUUAAAGAAAAGAAUUACUGUGAAAAAUACUCCAAACACUUGAGUUUUUGAAUUGUUUCUUUCACACAGCUUGAACGCAAUCCUUCAUUUUUUUUGUUGUUUCUUUUUUUGUCCUGUCUGCUGAAGAAGGCUCUUAGCUGAAACGUUAUCUUUAUAUUGUGGUCUUUAUAUUUCAAUUUCAUUUAUUAUCCUUAAUCUUACAGGCUUUCUAAAGUCUACUUACAAAUAUGAUUUAUAUUUAUUGAUCUGAAGCAGUAAAAUAAGUCUCAUUGAUUUUAAUUAAUGGAUGAUUCUCUUUUUUUUAAAAUUGCUUUUAAAAGAUGAAAACAAUUCCCAUUUACUGCAACUGAUGAAAUGUUGUGUUCUUUAUACAGUGCCUAUUAUUUUUUUGUGUUGCUGUUUUCUUAAAUUUGAUAUCCUUCAUUUGUUUUUUUUGAACAAAUGGUAAAUGAUGUUUAUUUUUAAAAUGUGUCGUUGAAUUUUUUGACAUUGACAUAAAGAAGACCGAUAAUGUCAUGUGAUAUGUUUAUUUUUAAACAGGUCGCAAGUCGGGGAAGGGAUGGUUUGUCUAUGAAAGUGGAAGCAAAGAUAAGCCAGAGAAUGUUACAGCUUUAGAAAUUCUUAAGCAAUUUAGUAUCCCCCCAGCUGCAGGGUAAGGAAACACAUUUUUUAAGGAUUAAUAAAAAAUAAGGUAGUUCUUCAAGUCACCAUAUGAAAUAGUUAAUAUUUUUGCCACUGAUAGAGAACAAUUUCUACCUAUUUGAAGAUGUCACAUUUACUUGUAUUUAUUUUUACUGUUGGCAAUUUUUAUUUUGUCUGCAUUUGUUCUCAGCCUUACUGAUCAAGACAUUCAGUACCGUUUGCUGUCCAGAUUAGUCAACGAAGCAGUUCUAUGUCUUCAAGAAGGCAUUUUGUCUAACCCAGUAAGAUCUUUUAUUAAUAUAAAAAAAAAUGAUCAAGUCACUGAUUAAAAAUGUAAAUUAACCAUUCCUUGAAUUGAGCUAUAUCUAUUCAAUUUGUGUCUUAUUAAAUGAUGUGAGGUUGAUUUAUUGCAAUGGCUUAGACCAGGUGUCCUCAAAUUUUUUAAUCUUGUAAAGUUAUGAGUAUUUCAAUGGGAACUAUGGGACUGCUUUUGCUUAAUAGAAAGUCAAUGUCUGGUUCAAUAUUUGUCACUGCUACCUGGGUACCCGUAUGACAACCAGGCUGGCCGGGUUAGGGAUCCCUGGCACACCAGAUAUGACCAGUGGAACGUAGUUUAAGUACUCCUAGCUUAGAGUGUCACACAUAGUAUAAGUUGUACUCUCAUGAAAUCCCUGAGUACUGCCUGCCUCCACUCUAUCCCCCUGAGUGUUGCUGGUGAAGAAACACUGUUUAUCUGCAGCCACCACUUGCAUGACUAACAUAUAGGCAUGAGCAUUGGAAUAUUAUACAAGGUUAACUACCAACCACCUGCCAUAAUUUUUUCUUUUUUUUCUUACUUAAUGGCAAUAACUGUGUUUUAAAUGAUUACUGCAGACCUGUUUACUCUUACGAUUUUGGCAUACAAUGUACGAUUUUGAGGUGUAUACAUUAUAUAUACUGUAUGUUUAUUUUUUUACUAUUAAGAUAAUAUAUUGAAUGGGUGCUGGGUGGCCGAGUGGUCUAAACUGAGCAAAUCUCAAGUUGGUGGUCUGGAGUUCAAUUCCAGAGCCCAGUCAAGCAAAAACACCACCAGCACCCCGGGUAGAUGGGACUCGUUAACCUUGGAUGGCAACUCAUCUACGAGAAGGAAACUCUGAAAUCAAACCCGGAGAUGGAGUCUUGAAAGGCGGAUAACAUUGAUACAAUGAAAAAUCCUGUGAUGUCACUGGUGCCAAGCUGUAUCAUCCAAUGAUGUUCCCUUGGGUUAGCCAGCGGCGUGGAGAGAGGCGAUUUGCUGUUGGGAACCAGCUUAUAAUCCUUAAAGUAUAAUCCCAGGCCAUGUGGAUUUCGUCCUCCGUAGCCCACUCCAUCGUCACAUUAUGACGGACGGAUGCCAGCAAUAUAUUGAACGAUUUUGUGAUGAUAUUGUACGAUUUUAAAAGUUUGAGGGUAAACAGGUCUGUUACUGGUAUUAUAUGAUUUUUAUGAUACAGAUGGGCCCUAUACACACUUGUUCUAGGUAUGAAAUAUGCUUUGAUAUUUUUUUUGUGCAUGGCUUUCUGUAAUCAUUUAAACAAAAUUGGUGAAAAUCAUUCGGCUAAUUUCAUCUUUAUUUGUCAUUGUAGCUGGAGGGUGACAUAGGUGCUGUCUUUGGACUAGGGUUUCCACCAUUUUUGGGAGGUAAGUUAAAUUUUUUAUUUAAAAAACAGACAUCAUCAACAUCUUUGCUAUUAAUUAGAUUUUGAAGACCUACUUUCCAUAUGCUAAAAUAAAAUAAAACAUCUCAAAAUCAUAAUGUAUUUUAGCCAAGCCACUGAAAAUCAUCAGAACUGCACAAUGGUUUUAAAACAUCUUCAAUUUUAUUUCCUGAAUGAAAAAAAAAAAAAAUGACUUUUGACAUCGAGCAAACAAAUGAGUACCUUUUAAAAUAAUUUACUCAUUUUAAGUGUUAUAAAAUACCUGUACUUGAAAACCAAAAUCACUUAGUUGGGUAUUUAGAAAUGAAAACAUUUUUUCCCCCUCUAUUUUAGGCCCCUUCCGUUACAUUGAUAUUAACGGAGCUAAGCCAUUUGUCGACCGAAUGUUCAAGUACCGUGAUAUCUUUGGUGAUGAGUUUGAACCGUGCCAACUGCUUCAAGACCACGCCAAGGAUCCCAGCAAAAAGUUCCAUCUCAAAUAAGCUUUUGAUGUCACUCUAAACUGAGAAAAUAUAAAGUUUGAACGAACAUGAAAUUGUGUCAUGUAUGUGUUUGCUAGUUAAAAUAAUCAAGUCUGUAGUUUGUAAGAUUUAAAUGGGCUUGGCCAUGACUGAAGUUUGACAUUGCUUAAAUAGCAGCUUAGGCAAGCAACUACUUUUUGAGCUUUUGUCAAAACUUUGCAACUGAAUGGGGAAAAAUGAAGUAGUGCGGCUUCACUUAUUUUCAUUUCAUUCAUUGCUAAGAACUUAAGUCAGGAAAAUAAGAAUUUUAACAAAAUAAUUUGUUUGGAGUAAUAUUUUAUGUUUAUUGGGAUGAACAAAUGAAUCAUGUAACUGAUAUAUGAUGUGCCUAAAAUUACAAGUUGAUUGAUAUUUAUCAAUGCAAUUAUAUGUGAUAAUAUUUCUGAUUUUAAUAUUUUAUUUAUCCUGAUGCCUUUUUUUUUUUUACUACCCUGUCGGAUAUAAUUUACGAUAUAAUAAGUGUAUCUGACAAAAAUUUCAAGACCAAUAUUUGUGUCUGGAGUUACUAACAAUACAACAAUGUUGUAUUUUGUACGGUAACUAAAAAUUUCUUUUGUUGAAAAUAAACUAAUUUUUCAUUUUUUAAUGUCUUGUUAGUUUUCUUUCAUUUUUAUCUCAAAAUAAAAUUUGAUAACUCUGUAUAUCUGUUCUUGGAAACCCAA